UGACGCACCCUGUAUUCAUCAAUUGCUUCGCCGAUCGCUCCACCUAGCGGUUACCCACUAAACUGGACCAACGUUCCUUUUCCACUUGUACCGUGUAAGAAGCGAUCAAUAUGAAGCAAAUUGUGACGAACCAAUCGGUGAAGAUCCCCAGCAACCUAACGGUAACAGCCAAGAAUCGCAAUGUUACCGUAAAGGGGCCCCGAGGAACACUGAAACGUUCAUUCAAACACUUGUCUGUCGACAUCCGUAUGGUCAACCCGAGGAAGCUACUGGUAGAGAAAUGGUUCGGCAAGCGCAAAGAACUCGCUGCGGUGCGUACAGUGUGCUCGCACGUCGAAAAUAUGAUUAAGGGUGUAAUUAAGGGCUAUCAGUAUAAAAUGCGUGCCGUAUACGCUCACUUCCCCAUUAAUUGCACGUCGUCUGAGGGAGACUCCGUUUUAGAAAUCAGAAACUUCUUAGGCGAAAAGUAUAUUCGACGAGUUAAAAUGUCGCCCGGAGUUACAGUCAAAAACUCGCAGAAACAGAAGGACGAACUUAUUAUCGAAGGUAAUUCGCUGGAAGAUGUCUCAAGGUCUGCAGCUUUGAUUCAACAAUCCACAACCGUUAAGAACAAGGAUAUUCGUAAAUUCUUAGAUGGUUUAUACGUAUCUGAGAAAACUACGAUUGUACAAGAUGAUUAAAUCGAUAUUUAAUAAAUAUGUUUAAAAUAGG